AAGAAGCGGAUUGUUUUGAAAUUCGGUGAACCCUAGAAUUCUCAAAGCCAACGAAUAAUUAAUUCAUCCACCCAAGGUCACGCUUCAGAGAGAGAGAUACUGGGCGGAGUGAAACGAGCAUAGCGGCGAAGUGACGCCAUUGGUGACUGAAGUUUUCUCUUGUUUUGCGUCUGCCGAAAGAUCAGUUGUUCUUGAAUUUGACAGAAAGCUGCUACGUGAGGGUGCGAUCUUACCACUGAAGCUAGCUAUCAAGAUGAAUAAUUCGUAUCCGUCACGAAACCAUAUUCAAUCUGCCACAAGCGCAAGCAAGGACACAGGCUUGCCUACGUCUAAUGCUCAUUGGUUCCAUUCCUAUUUCCCUGUUCCAAGGACCACAGGCAUUGAUCUUUCUCAACUCUCUCAAGAAAAUCCUUCUGAAGUUGUCAUGGUGCCUCAAGCUCGUUUGUUUCCCCCUCCUACAAGAGAUUCCAGAAGCGACAUGGAAACUGUGAAACACAAGUCCUCGAAACUGUCUCCUUCAGAAGCUUUGAAGCCAAAACCACAAAAGAAGAAACGCUCUGCAUCCAAAAAUCCAAAGAAAACAGCACCGAGCGUUCCCGAAACAAAGCGCGAGAAAAAGAAUCCAGACAUCAACAUUGACAUCUCAAGCUUCGAUGUUUCAGGGGUUCCUCCUCCGGUUUGUUCAUGUACAGGAGUUCCAAGGGUUUGCUACAAAUGGGGUAUGGGCGGUUGGCAAUCCUCGUGCUGUACCAUUAGCAUAUCGACAUAUCCACUACCCAUGAGCACCACAAGACCUGGAGUUCGUCUUGCUGGAAGAAAAAUGAGCAAUGGUGCUUAUGUUAAGCUCCUUAUGAGGCUUGCCGGUGAAGGCUAUGACCUUACCCUCCCGGUUGACCUCAGGAACCAUUGGGCCAGGCACGGUACUAACAAGUUUGUAACCAUCAAGUAGCCGUUUUAUCAAUUAGGUUCGGUUUUAGGUUUUUAGCUUUUGUGGUGUCCUCGUAUCUUCGUUUUAGUAUUAUUACCUUUCUGUACAUAUAUGUCGUAGUGGCUUUAAAAUCAUAAAGGAGAUUUAGUUGAUCAAAUAGGAGAAGACUUUUUUUUUUU